AUGGCACUCCAAUUGGCUUACAGAACAUUUAAGUUUCCACAUGGGGUAGUGGAAGAUUUGCUAGUGAAAGUGGGAGAGUUCAUUUUCCCUGCUGAUUUUGUUGUGCUGGACAUGGAAGAAGAAGUCAACACAUCAAUUAUCCUAGGAAGGCCAUUUCUAGCCACUGUUGGAGCCAUCAUUGAUGUACAAAAAGGGGAACUAGUCUUGAGAUUGCAUGAAGAGAAAAUGGUCUUCAAUGUCUUUAAAGUAAUGAGUUACCCCAAGGAACCCAUAGAAGAAUGCGUGAUGGUAGAUACCAUGGAACAGAUAAUCCAAGAAGUCAUGGGAGAAGAACAAUGUGAAGAAAACAGUGAGCUAGAGCAAGAACCACCAGAUGGAAAACUACCACAAACAACCAUGAGGAGCUUGACCAUGCCAACUAUUACAUACAACAAAGAUGUAGAGCCACCAUAA